UACUUGGAUGGAUCAAUUGUCCAGUCAAGGCAAAGCUUGUAGUCGUUAGCGACGGCGUCUCGGAUAUAAAAGGCGGGUCGUCAGAACUACUGGCGCUGUGAGAGCCCAACACCCCACACCUGCACACACCACCACACGCCUCCACUUCACACUGUACCUAUCAUCUGCACGCUCACCCACCGUCUGCCCGGAUGAGCUACCCGAUGGACUCUAUGGGGAGUCGGAGAAUGAUGGACUCGAGGAGUACCUACGUCCGCUCAAGCGGCUCCCCCUCCAGUGGGUAUCGUUCUCAGUCUUGGUCCCGUGCAAGCCCCGGUUCCACAUUAACGUAUAAGAGGACCGUCAGCACGCCGGUGGCCAGAGCCUACAGCUCCAAUGUGCUCAGCUCCGCCGACAGUGUCGACUUCAACCAGACAUCAAUUCUAAACGGAGACUAUAAGCGCACAAACGAGAAGGAACAGCUCCAGGGGCUCAACGACCGCUUCGCCGGUUACAUCGACAAGGUGCACUACCUGGAGCAGCAGAACAGGCAGAUUGAGGCUGAGAUCCAGGCACUGCGGCAGAGGCAAGCGUCGCAGUCUAAACUUGGUGAUGUUUACGACCAGGAGCUGCAAGAACUGCGCACCAUGCUGGAGCAGAUCCACCACGAAAAGGCGCAGAUUCACCUGGACACGGAGCACAUCGAGGAAGACAUCCAGAGGCUUAGGGACCGCUUUGAUGAGGAAGCCCGUAUCAGGGAGGAGACGGAAGCCAUCAUCCGUGUGCUGAAGAAGGACAUGACAGAUUCGACAUUAGUGAAGGCAGAGAUGGAGAAGAAAGUCCAGUCACUGCAGGAUGAGAUCGCUUUCAUUCGCAACAACCACGAAGAAGAGGUGAAUGAGCUGCUGGCGCAAGUUCAAGAGUCGCAGAUCACUCUGGAGAAGAGGGACUACCAGAAGACCGACCUCACCGAAGCGCUUCGGGAGAUCCGCUCACAACUGGAAGGGCACUCUUCCCAAAACCUACAGCAGGUAGAGGACUGGUUUAUGUGCCGGUUUUCCAAGCUGAACGACGCAGCCGAACAGAAUAAAGAUGCCAUUAAAUCCGCCCGGGAUGAGAUCGCAGACUACCGCCGCCAGCUCCAGUCCAAGACCAUUGAAUUGGAGUCUGUCCGAGGCACGAAGGAUUCUCUUGAAAGACAACUUACUGACAUCGAGGACCGACACAACGGUGACUUGUCCAACCUUCAGGAAACAGUUAAUCAACUGGACAAUGAACUGAAGAGCACGAAAUGGGAAAUGGCUCGCCACUUGCGCGAGUACCAAGAUCUACUCAAUGUCAAGAUGGCUCUUGAUAUAGAGAUUGCUGCUUACAGGAAACUUCUGGAAGGAGAGGAGACACACUUCAGCACCUACCCAUACCGUCAGUCUGUCCCCACCAAGAUCUCCAAGGUCAAAAGUGAGCCUCCCAAACUGAAAGUGCAGCACAAGUUUGUAGAGGAGAUCAUUGAGGAGACCCGUGUUGAGGAUGAAAAGGCUGAAAUGGAUGAGGCCCUGGCUGAGAUAGCAGAAGAGCUGGCUGCUGCUCUUGGAGGACAGGCGGGUGGAGAGGAGGAAGAAGGUGAAGGAGAAGGUGAGGAAGGUGAGGAAGCAGGUGAAGAGGAGGGAGAGAAAGGAGAUGAGGAAGAGGGUGAGGCAGAGGAGGAGGUAGUGGCCUCCAGCGAUGCUAAACUCAGUGCUAGUGCUCCUGGUGAGGAGGAAGAGAAAGAGGAAGAGGAAGGUGGACAAAAAGAGGAAGGUGAUGAAGAUGAAGAAGGAGAGGGUGGUGAAGAGGGAAAGAAAGAUGGAGAAGAAGGAGAGGGAGAGGGGGGAGAGGGAGAGGGAGGAGAGGAGAAAGGAGAGAAGGGUGAUGAGGGAGAGGGAGGUGAGGAUGAGGCUCAGGAAGAGGGAGACGAGGUGGAGGAGACUGUGCUGAGCACCAAGGCUACAGAGUCUAAGGUCUCUCCAGACAAAGAGAAGGCUGGAGAGAAGGAGGGAAGCGGUGCAGAAGAGGAAAAAGCUGAAAAAGAAGAGGCCGGUGAUGAACAAGAAGAAGCUGAUGCAGGAAGUGACAAGGGUUCCCACAGUGGUGAUGAAAAGGAGACAAAAGUAGAACCAGAGAAGAAGGGGGAGGCCACCAAAGAUGAAAAGAAGGAAGAGAAAUCUGAAGCAACCAAGGCUGAAGCCCCAAAGACAGAGUCUCCCAAGACUGAAACUGCCAAACCGGAGGCCCCAAAGAGCCCAAAGAGUGAAUCCCCAAAGAGUGAAUCCCCAAGGAGCGAGUCCCCAAAACCCGAAGCUGAGAAGAGUGAGCCAUCCAAGACAGAAGCUCCAAAGACCCCCAAGGCUGAGAGCCCUACGAAAGAGGAACCCAAAGCUGCAGAACCACCUAAGGAGGAAAAGAAAUCUGAGACCCCCAAAGCUGAUGCCCCCAAGGCUGAGACCCCCAAAGCUGACACCCCCAAAGCUGACACCCCCAAGGCUGCACCCGAGAAAAUAGAGAAGAGUGAGCCAGAGCCAGAGGAGAAGAAAGAAGAAAAGAAAGAAGCCGACAAAAGCAAGGAGGAAGAGGAGGAGAAGAAAGAGCUUGCCGAGAAGGAGGUGAUCUCCAACGGAGUCGAGGAAAGCCCCACCAAAGAUGACCCCAGCCAGAAGGUGAUCGUUACCAAAACUGUGGAGACAAUCACCACUGGAGAAGAUGGAGCGAAACAUGUAACAAAGUCCGUGACCGUCACUGAAACAGUCAAGGAAACAGAGGAGGAGGUGCAGGAGAAGCUGGUCUCCACAAAGAAGGUGGAGAAGCACUCCUCUGAGUCUGUCAAGCAGGUUGUCACUGAGGCUGAAUGAACAUCCUCAAACACAGAAACACGUUGAGAUGAGAAGGGAGGGCGAACACGAAGCAAUCAAGAAAAAAAAACAAACAAACAGAAAAACUAACAUAACAAAGAAACCAUAACAAAUUAGAAAGAUGUAUUCAUGCUAAUCACUCAAACAGAAAAAAAUCAAGACAAAGCAGCAUUAGAGAGAAGCCAUAAGAUGAUUAACUCAAAAACAUGCAUGUCAAGAGAGAGAUUCCAUGGGCUUUGCUGCAGAUGGAGAGGGGUGUGGGGGGUAAUCUCUCUAUCUUUGUUUCUUUCUUUAUGUUCUUUUUCUCUCUGCAAUACAUGGGAGGGGUGAAGGGGUAUUUGGUGUCUGCAUGCUAGCAAAGGAAGGGAGCAUACAGUUGUAUUGCUUGGGUAGAUUUACAAUCAGUGUGUGUGUGUGUGUGUGAGCGUAUGACAAGGAAUGCACGUUGUCCAUACGGAAAGUAUGGAUGGGAGAGUGAUAGUGACUAAAUGUACUUGAAGCCAAAUGAUUGUUUGUUUGGUUAAUGUGAAACAGGGACCGUAAGAGUGAAACUGAAAUAGCCUUACAAAUCACAGGAGGAUAACAACUGAGCCAAAUAUGAAAACAACACAACACAUUUACUGAAGAGAACGACAUUGGAAAGACAAACCCAUGACCAUACAUAUACAGUACCUAAAGCAACUAAGAAACUCCUAGCCUUAAACAUGCUUUUUACUGUUGUCUAUUCUGUUUACUUAACCAGUGCAAUUGAAAAAGAAAUCAAAUGAAAAUGCGCACACAUACAUUCUUGUAUGCCUAGACAGGACUUGAAUUUAAAUACUGAAUAUAAAAUGAGGUGCUACUGUUUGCAAUCCCAUGUCUUUAGUCAUCAUGAUGAAUUUCUCAGCAGCAUUUGCUCAAUAAAUGUCAUAUUAAAAGGC